CGGGUCGCGCCCGCAGCGCACAGAAUGUGGCAGCGGAGACGGCCCCGACCCCGCGCGCCCUGGCUCUGGGCGCUGGCGCUGCUGGUUCUGGGAGGCGCAGGGCUGUGCCACGCCGGCCCUCAGCCCAGGCACCCCGCGCGGCCCAGCGCCAGGAACAAGAACUGGUGCGCCUACAUCGUGAACAAGAACGUGAGCUGCUCGGUGCUGGAAGGAAGUGAGAGUUUUAUUCAGGCUCAGUACAACUGUGCCUGGAACCAGAUGCCCUGUCCGUCCGCGCUCGUUUAUCGUGUGAAUGUCAGACCCAGAUAUGUCACCAGGUACAAGACGGUGACACAGCUGGAAUGGAGGUGCUGCCCUGGCUUCAGGGGAGGAGACUGCCAAGAAGGUCCCAGAGACCCCGUGAAGACUCCCCACCCCACACCCGCUCGGCCGAGAAACAGCGUGAAGAAAGCCACAGACAAUGAACCAAGCCGAGUCUCAGAACCUGAGAAGACUUUGUCACCAACUCCUGCAGCAGAACUAAGUCGGAUCGUAGAUCCAAAACAGGGGCCCUUAGAACUUCAGGAAAAGAAAAUCCAGGUGCUUGAGGAGAAGGUUCUCCGACUCACAAGGACGGUUCUUGAUCUCCAGUCUUCCAUUGAUGGAGUGAAUGAAAACCUCAAACACUCCAUUCAGGAUGAUGCCAGCAAAAUGCUGGCAUCAUGGCUCAGUAACCUGCACCCCCAGCCAGUGCCUGACAGUGCUGUUGGUGGAGAACCAGAAACGGUCCAGCUUCCUGGUGUCCUCAACAAUAAGGAAUCUGGCAUGAAGGACAUCAAGUCUGAAUUGGCUGAAGUCAAGGAUGCUCUGAAGACCAAGAGUAGCAAGCUGGAAGAGCUGGAUGGGAAAGUGAAGGGCUAUGAAGGGCAGCUCAGACAGCUCCAGGAGGCGGCCCAGGGCCCUACGGUCACCAUGACGACCAAUGAGCUCUACCAAGCGUAUGUCGAUAGUCAGAUUGAUGCCCUGAGAGAGGAGCUCAUGGAGGGAAUGGACAGGAAGCUGGCUGAUCUGAAGAACUCGUGUGAGUAUAAGCUAAUUGGUCUCCAGCAGCACUGUGAUGACUAUGGGAGCAGCUACCUGGGAGUGAUCGAGCUUAUAGGAGAGAAGGAAACCAACCUGAGAAAAGAAAUCAGUGACCUUCGAGCCCGGGUCCAAGACCCUUCAACCAGGGCAAAUUGCUGUGACGGUGCCAAGAAUGGUGACUUUGGGCAACAGAUCAAGAUGUUAGACCAGAAAAUUGAAAGAGUUGCUGAAGCGACCAGAAUGCUGAACGGACGACUAGACAAUGAGUUUGACCGCCUCGUAGUUCCAGAGCUGGAUGUGGACUUUGAUGCCAGGUGGAAUGAACUGGAUGCAAGGAUCAACGUGACAGAGAAGAACGCGGAGGAACACUGCUUUUACAUUGAAGAAACCCUCCGGGGCACCAUCAGUGGGGAGGUAAAUGACUUGAAGCAGCUUCUUGAUCAGAAAAUACAGUCUCUGGAGGAACGGCUGGGGAGCGCUCUCCUGGCGAUGGCCAACGGCUCGGAGGCAGAACUUGCUCCCCCAGCGUCAGCCCUGCCUGGUGGGUCGGGGGCUGGGAAUGAACAGGUCAUGGUGGAGUUAAACCACCUGAAGGACAAAGUGCAAGUGGUGGAGGAUAUGUGCCUACAGAACUUCCAGGGAGAGCCUCGUGGGAGAGAAGAUACUUUGCGAAACGGAGACGACCCCUCAGCAGGUGACACUUUGAGCCUUUUGAAAUCUCUAAAUGACACAAUGCAUAGGAAGUUUCAAGAAACCGAGCGUAGCAUCCAAAGACUUCAACAGGAUUUUCGUUUUCUUUAUUCUCAACUAAACCACACAGAAGACCACGUGAGUCAUCUUCAUAAUGAGCUGAGCAGUGGUAGAGAAGGUAAAAAGGCUGCAGGGCGUGGGUCUUCUAAGGGGGGUGAGCCCCUCCCGUCUCCCCCGGCCGCCUCCGUGCAUUGCUGCGACCAGCUGGAGGGGAGGUGGCAGCAGCUGCAGGGCCAGGUCCUCGCCGAGCUGGACACUUGUAAGGAGAAGACACACGGGGUCCAGAGGGGGGUCUCCGUGGUGGAGGACAGGGUGUCUCAUAUGGAGAAAACCUGCAGCAAACUGGACUCCAUCUCAGGAAGUCUUCAGAAAAUCAAGGAAGGGCUCAACAAGCAUGUCAGCAGCCUCUGGAGUUGUGUCAGGCAGAUGAACGGGACGCUCCGGGCACAUUCCAGAGACAUCUCUGGCCUGAAGAAUUCAGUCCAGCAGUUCUAUAGCCAUGUUUUCCAGAUUUCUACUGACUUGCAAGAUCUGAUCAGAUUUCAACCAUCGGCAACGGAGGAGCCCUCAGCAGCACCCCAGCCUCUGCCCCAAGGGACGGCCCCGCACCCGGCAGAGGCCCCCACCAAGCCAUCUGCUCCAGCGCUGACCCCUCCACCGCCGUCCAGUGCUCCCCCGCCGCCCAAGGACCCUGGACAGCAGCCGUACACAGGCCAGCAACCUGUCCUGCCCAAGAGACGCCCCCGGCCACUGCCCCCGCUGCUGCGGCCCGGCUGGACGGGGCUGCCCUUCUUGCCCGGCUCCACCGGGGUCAUUAUGGAGACUGGAGAAGCCGGGCCCCCGGGCAGGAUGGGCAUGUCGGGGCGGGGACUGCCCCGGGGCGUGGACGGCCAGACUGGGCAGGGGCCCAUCCCCAGGGCCGAAGGCUACGCGGGAGCACCAGGGUACCCCAAGUCACCGCCUGUAGCCUCCCCAGGGGUCCCGGCGCCGUCUCUGGUGUCCUUCUCAGCGGGGCUCACCCGGAAGCCUUUCCCCAGCGAUGCAGGCGUCGUCCUCUUUAACAAAGUGCUGGUGAACGACGGGGACGUGUACGACCCCAGCACCGGGGUCUUCACAGCUCCGUACGACGGGCGCUACCUGAUCACGGCCACGCUCACCCCCGAGAGGGACACGUACGUGGAAGCCGUCCUUUCGGUCGCCAACGCCAGCGUGGCACAGCUGCACACGGCCGGCUACAAGAGAGAAUUCCUGGAAUACCACCGGCCCCAGGGGGCUGCACACACUUGUGGGGGCCCAGGGGCAUUCCACCUUAUCGUGCACUUGAAGGCAGGGGACGGCGUCAACAUCGUGGUGACCGGGGGCAGGUUGGCUCACACAGACUUUGACGAAAUGUACUCCACGUUUAGUGGGGUUUUCUUAUAUCCUUUCCUGUCCCACCUCUGAGGUGGCCGGGCAAGGGAAGGGGAAAGAGUUGUAGGAACUCGGCAGCUUUAAUGCAUUCAGCGUGUGUGUGUAACUGGAGCACUGGUCUAGUUUCCUGCAGACGACACCCCACCACCUCCCCCAGGUAAAGGCCACGCCUGGCUGCCAAGGCAGUGAGGAGUAAACCACGGGCUAACGUGGCCAUGGCACCUAAGAGUCGGAAGCGCCCCUGCCUGCACGCCGGCUCCUCCCCCUGCGUCUCCCAGCUCCCACCUCUGGCUCCGCCGUGGCCUGAGCUCUCUCCGAGGGGCCUGUGCUGGGCCUACAGGGUGCUGACCACAGAGGCUCCAACUGCUGCCCGGUGGGAUCACGCCCUGCUGCUGGGGAAGGACGAGCCGCUGAGAGGAGGCAGAACUGGCACCAGUGGCCAGGCUUUACUGGAGCAGAGCUGUCGCCAGCUGCUUGUGUCUUCACUUACCCUGCAUGCGGGAGAAGAGUUUAAACACUGAAGUGGCACAUGCCACCACAGACCUAGGGUGGACAGUGGGCUGUCCCAGGUUUGGCUCGCCACCCCCCUCCCUCCCCCCACCCCGGGUUUGCCUGGCUGAGAGGGACACAGGAGAGACUGUCAUGUGGCUUGUUGGGCUCCUUGAAUGACAUGUACGACUUAAGUGCAAAGACAGGGAGUGUCAAUAAAGAUGUAAAACACUUCCAGUUCAGUCUGGUGCCUUCUGGAUUGAGAGUUGCUGCUGAAAAGCAAACUACAGUAAAUGACUUUAAUGGCUGCAGAAAGUAAGCUUGAGUAAAUUCAUCUCAACCAUGCAACUGUUUUAUCCCUCAGCAUCCAUGCCGUGCACUUGGGGGUUGUCCUUGGCUUGUAAAGACAGACUAGAUGUGCUUGGAGGUCAGAGUCCCCAUGUGAGCCCCACAGCUGAAAAGGGGGCUCCUCCAGGGGGUGCUGAACAUUCACAUUGAACCCGCAGCUGCCCAGCUCACAGCAGAUGCAGCUAUAAGGACUCCUGAGCUCCCAGGCAACAAGAGGCCCAACACAAAACCGACCACACUGAACACCGAGGUCAUCUGAGGAAAGCAGGACUCCUCCCGUGGAGAGCACGCUCUGUUCCCGGGAAGCCCAGGCCCCUCACUCCUCUACCGGCAGCCACACCAAACCCUUAGCUCCGCGUGGUCUUUGCUAAUCAGGUUGGUAAAACCUGUUGGCCAACCAAGUG